AGGAGGCCAAUUUGGAAAAUUCAAAAGUCUAGAUGGUGGCCGGUCAAAGGCAGCACUCUCUACUGGAGCCCGGCUAAACCUUCUUCCUACCGAUUUCUCCCCUCGCUACAUCGUGGGCAAGCCGUAUCUGGUUUGACUUUCCCCUCUCUCUCUCUCUGCUAUUGACUUCCACCCUCCUUCCUCCAUAUAAAUCACUCCGCCCUCCACUGCCAUUCUCCAUUAGCUGUUGCCACCAACAGAUCUCAAGAUUUCUCAACCUUCCAAGUGAGCGAGCGAGCGAUCGAUCGAUCGAGUAGGAAGAAGAUAAACCUGUAAUCGGCUGGUUCAAGAUCAGAGAUGGAAGGCGUUGAGGUGCCACCCUACUUCACGUGCCCCAUCUCCCUGCAGAUCAUGAGGGACCCCGUCACCAUUUCCUCCGGCAUCACCUACGACCGCGAGAGCAUGGAGAAGUGGGUCUUCUCCUACAAGAACAGGGCCUGCCCCGUCACCAAGCUCCCCAUCUCCGACCUCACCAUGACCCCCAACCACACCCUCCGCCGCCUCAUCCAGCAUUGGUGCACCGAGAACGCCGCCCUCGGCGUCGAGCGCAUCCCAACCCCGAAGCCCCCCCUCGACGCCGCCACCGUCCUCUCCCUCCUCAACCAAGCCGACCUCCCAUCCUUGAUAAGGCUGCGGGAGCUCGCCUCCCUCAGCGACCGCAACAAGGUCUGCAUCCGCUCCGCCGGCGCCGUCAAGCGCCUCGCUUCCUUCAUCCACUUCCUCACCCAGGACGCUCCCUCCACGCCCUCCGGUUCCGGUGCCAGUACCGACGGAGACCGCCUCCCCGUGAUUCGCGAGGCCUUGAACCUUCUCUGUGCCGUCGAGGUCACGGAGGACGAAGUCAAGGACCUCGCCGCCGCCAACGUCGACCUGAUCGCGUCUCUCGCGUGGGUGCUCGACAAGGGCGACUGCCAAUCCAGGGUGCAGGCCUGCUUUUUGCUCAAGACCGCCUUCAACGGCCUCCACCCCAUGUUCUUGAUGAACGUCCGGUCCGACCUCCUCGCCGGGAUCGUCCGCGUCCUCCGCGACCAGAUCUCGCUGCCGGCCACCAAGUGCGCGGCGCAACUCCUGAUCGAGGCGUCCAAGUGGGGGAGGAACAGGAUCAAGGUGGUCGACUGCGGCGCAGUCCCGGCGCUGGUCGAGAUGCUCAUCGAGACCACCGAGCGGAGAAUGAGCGAGAUCUUGAUGUGGCUCCUGGACAUGCUCUGCGGCUGCGCCGAGGGAAGGGCGGAGCUCUUGGGCCACGCCGCGGGGAUCGCCGUCGUCUCGAGGAAGAUGAUGAGAGUGUCGCAAACCACCAACGAUAGGGCAGUGAGGAUACUCUACUCGCUCUGCAGAUACUCUGCGAAUCCUGCUCUCGCUCAAGAGAUGCUCAACAUUGGAGCCGUCUCGAAGCUGUGCCUGGUCCUUCAGGUAGAAGGCAACAAUAAGACGAAGGAGAAGGCAGUGGAGAUGCUGAAGAUGAAUGCCAGGACCUGGAGGAAUUCUUCAUGUGUCCCCCACCAUUUACUGUCUGGAUAUCCCUCCAACUGAGAUGACAUUAUUAAUCCUUUCUAGGACACCCUCUUUAGGCAAAAGGAAAGCGAGGGUUGAUUUGUAUAUAAGUGGAGAUCAACUAUAAUCAAGUGUCUCCAAUAUUUCUUCCUCGGAGCAGAGAUUAUUGAAGGUUUUCUGUACUUCUUGUCCAACCAAAUUGAGACAUGUAUUCAAGAAAUUACCAUCAUCCAAUUCGAGGCAUAAAGAUGAACAAUGGGUAGAAGAAAUUUCCUGGGUAGUAAAUUCUCUUGAUUGAUUA